ACACACACACACACACACACACACACACACACACACACACUCUCACACAGACACACACACACACGUGAGUUUGCACGCGCUCUGAAAGCAUCAUGUUUGCUCGUCUGUGUGUGUGCGUGCUCGUGUUUCUCAGUGCGUCCAGAGCUGAUGCUGCUGAUGAUGAUGGUGAUGAAGGUGAUGAAGGUCCGGCAGGGAACCCGGUCUCCGCGCGCUCGGCGUGUAAGCCGGUUCCGAGCACGAUGGGCCUGUGCUCCGGGAUCGGUUACGGAGAGAUGCGCUUACCGAACCCUCUGGGUCACUCCAGCGCCCGGGAAGCGCAGCAGCAGUCCGCCGCCUGGACGCCUCUGCUCGGGAAGCACUGUCACCGGGACACGCGGCGCUUCCUCUGCGCGCUCUACGCGCCGGUGUGUUUACCGGAGGUCGCGGCCCCGGUGCUGCCGUGCAGGGCGCUCUGUGAGGCGGUGAGGGACGCGUGCGAGCCCGUGAUGAGCGCCUUCGGCUUUCCGUGGCCGGAGAUGUUCAACUGCAGCCGGUUCCCGGAGGGAAAGGAGCUCUGCAUCCCCGGAGAAAGAGACCCGAACCGGGAAGAAAGCACCGACGCGACCGAAGGAAUGUGUGAGGUUUGCCGUGCAGGAGAACAGGAGAUCCAGCAGAACUUCUGCAAGAGUCAGUUUGCGGUCCGGCUGCGGAUCGGCUCCUGGACCCGGCUCGGCUCCGACGUGUGCGUGGCCCCUGAGGGCCGGAGCCGGGUCCUGCGCUGGCUCGGCGGGCCCCGGGAGAUGAGCUGUCUCUGGCUGCCUCACGGAUGCUCCUGUCCCGCUCUGGACGGCCGGACCGACGGCUCCUUCAUCGCUCUGGGUCACUCGGAGAACGGACGCUUGCUCCUCGGGAGACUCCUCCGGUGGACUCGGGACGAGAGAGAGCUGAAGAAGUUCAUCAGGACCCUGCUGAGACAAGACUGCUAAAACUUUCCUAUCAUCACCCACUCAACUGUUACACAAAUCAAAUCCACCGUACGUCUGAUCAAACAAAAAAUAAUGAAUUUAUUUGAUCCACUCAAAGUAGCUUUCUAUUUCAACACAUUUUAACAUGUAAAACUGAUUUAUUUGACCAAAGCUGAAUUUUCAGCAUCAUUGCUCCAGACUUACGGAAAUGAUUACUUUUACUUUUGAUGAAGACGUCUCUAAUGUUACAGAAGAUUUCAGAUGAAGGCUGUUCUUCAGGAAAAUCACUCGGCUAUUUUCGACGUCGUAAUAAUAACGGUGUUUUUUGUUUGUUUGUUUUUUAGCUUUGAAACCACAGGAAUAAGUUGCAUUUUAAAAUAUAGAAUAAAUAUGUCAGACUUUGUGUUUUGCUGUUCUUUGGAUCAAAUAAAUGCAGGUUUGUUGAGCAGAAGAGACGUCUUUUAAAAGCAUUUGACUU